GUGAGUCAGAUAGAUAUAUAUACAUGUACAUCGAUCACAAAGUUUGUGUCAAUUUAAAACACCGUGACAAAAGCUUUGAAUAUGUAGCAACGCCCAAUACGGACUGUUUACUUUAUACACAAUGCAGAAAAUAUUUGCCAAGCUGCAACCAACCCAGCGAGUCAAUGUAUCGGAAAUGACGUAUGCCGGUCUCCGUGUCAUUGAGUUUUGCAAUCAAGGCAGCGGCUAACAUAUAAACUCCUGCUAUCAACCAGUUGUAAACCGUUUCUAUGACACGGCGGAGGUGUGUUGUCAUCACUCAAUUCCAUAUGGACAUCACUUAUUUCCAUAUGGACAUAAAACAUAAACGCCGUGGAAAUAUACAGGUGCAAAUAGAUAUCGAUAACGGGACCUGUAUUAAGUGUACAUCAAAUGAAUAGCGCCGCUAUGUUUCUAUCGAGGGAGCCAUUAAUCGUACGUUUAUCAAUUGGGACAGAGCGAUGACCUUACUAUUAUUCUCGCGGAGGACAUGCGUGGUGUCAAACAGUGGAAAUGUGACAGUAUAGAGGUCUUGGUAAACUGGGCAGAAGAGGCAGACGAGAAGAAAAGUUGAUGUGCGACCACCCAACCUUUCCUGAACGAAAACUACCAUGGAUGGAACCAGAAUUCCAAACGGCGUAAGUGCAAUACCGAGAGGCCCAAAGUCACCCAAAGGGCGCUAUAUCUGCCAAAGGACAGUCCCGACACUUCACGCUGGAUUUACCAAAAUGUUCGGUUUCAUUAUACUUAUAUUAGGAAUUCUUCUAAUGGGUAACGGCAUUGCAGUGAUCAUUAUCCGUGCUGGGAACUACGAAGUUGGAGCUGCAGUCUGGGCUGGGGCGUUCGCCAUAGGCACAGGACUGGUUGCUCUGAUGACUGCCACGAAAAGGAAGAAAGUGGUAAUAGCAAGCGUUGCUAUGGGUUCUUUGACAAUUAUCGCGGUUUUUGCUGCAGGGAUCGUCGCUGGCACUGGAGUACAACAGGAUGACGAGACCAUGGCCGCACAAACUGACAAAACGGAAACGAUGAAGGCAAGAAUAGGACUCAAUUUUGUCACGAUUGCACUUUGUGUAGCAAUUUUCGUUGGUUCCAUUUUCAUUGUGUACCUCUGCGGGAGAGCAUUGGAUGAUGCAGCGUACGCUAAAGAUGUAGAUGUAAAUAAGCUUUACCCAUCCCAGCUGUCGCGUCCACCUAUGGAUGGCGUAAUCAACCCGGUCUAUAUCGAGGAACAGACCAGAGGUGUGGCGAAUGGGUCAGUCAGGUUUCUUGACCCAAAGCAACCUAUCCUUCUCUUACCACUCAAGGAGAAGCACAUGGAUACUCUGUCUAUAAGUUACGACUUAACCGAUGGACACAACCAGACCUGUCGCAUCGUGCGAUACAACUCGUCCGAGAGCAUCAAUUGGGAUCGGUCUGUCUCCAGGGAAGAUCUUGCUUACACUGAGCCCGAGAACCAGCCACAGAGCUACUAUACAGAGAACUCCCCGUGGAAUAGCGAGGUAGCAGUAGACAUAGAGAGACAGAGACAGGCGGAUAGUAUCCAUCGGCAGAAACUAGAUGAGAAGUCACCAGAUGACGCCGACUAUAUUGUCCAUGAUAUUGUCCACGCAAACAAAGAGUCUGGGUAUGGCGCAUCGCCGGAAAAUUAUCGGCGAUCUGAUGGUAUUGAGUUUGAUCAUCCUCAGUUGUCGCACUGGAAUACGUUAGCAAGUCUUGAAAUGGAAUCAGACUCGUCGUUAGGGUUUAGUGAUAUUGUGAGGAUGACAUCCGAGUCCAGCUCCCCGUCCUUGUCUCGUUCGGAUCAUGCGCUGUCACCAGCUCCGCCGUACGAUUCCAAUGAGGAGGAGCUGAGGACAUUCGCUAAGGCGUUCGUGGGCACGAUAUGCCAGGCUGCUUCAAAUGAAGUUAGUGCUGAGAUUCAGGAGGAAAACAAUGCUCAUAAAGGAAAGGAAAAUGGUGGAGAUUCGUCAACUGUUCAGUCAGGUUCAUAUGAUAAUUCUGUGAUGCCUAUGACAAGUAGUCAAUACAAUGGAAAUGCAAGAGAUUCAGGUAGAUCUUCAGAGAUUUUCAGUGGUGGUGCAUAUAAUGAAACCAUAGGAAGCAACGAUAUGAAGACUGGUAAUGAAACUGCAGCCAGCAGUCAUGCCUCUGCAAUGGUUGACGGUCAGGUUCAUGAAAAUGCAAGCAAUAGUUCGUCUACAGGAGUUAUUACCGGUGGACAAAAUGAUCCAAUCGCGGGAAGUGUAAGUGGGUCUUUGGGAGAUAUGAACAACAAAACAGAUGGAAGCAGUAGCGCCUCUGGGGGAGUCACGAACGGUGCUGAAUAUACUGAAACCUCGGGUUGCAGGAGUGGUUCUCUGGCAGCGAACGGUGGUCAAGGUAAAACUGUUGGGAGUUUAUUUGCGUCUGCUGGCAACAACACUGGCUCUGUUGAGCACAACCUUUCCUCUGGUGGAGUUUUAACCAAUUGUGCAUCUUCAACAACACAACAUGCAUCUCCAGGAGUUACCAAAAGAGGUAAAUGCAGUAAAACGACGGAAAAAAGUCGUGCUUUGGCAUUGAUGAACAUCAUUGAUAAGGUUAAUAUUGAUACUGCUAAAGAUACGAAAAACGCAGUAAGCGAUGGUUCAUCUAACAGCGAUAUGGUUGUAGGUAGACAUGAUAAAACAGCUGGUAACAUUUCUAGUACUCCCACAGAAGGUAUAAAUGAUGCUGAGCACAGUGUAACUUCCAACUCCAGCCGGACUUCGUCAGAUAUUCAAAAUAGUUCUAAUGUAGAGUCGGAAGGUAUGUCUACUACUUUCGAACAUGAACAUGGGGCGUCCACGGAAUUUGAGAACAAUAUAGUGACGAGUGGUGCUGCAGGCGUGGAUUUACAUUUUCGAAAUGAUCAAAGGUUACCUGGAAAGGUGGUUGAAGAGGAGUGCGAAGGAAGGGGCAGUGUCCUAAGUGAAAAGGUUAGUUCUGAUAGAUCAGUUGAUGCAUCCGACACAAUACAAGAAGGCAGUGAAAAAGAUGAAGAGAGUGCUCAAGGCAAUUUAGUAACACAGGAAGAAAUUAAACAUGCUUCCGAUUGUGAAAUGAGGUCAGGUAAAGGGCAGGGCAAUAUAACUCUUCAAACGAUUGCUGGGCUGUUCAACUCUCCAUUUAAAAUGCUUGUCGGCGCCAAAUACUCUAAGCAUACAACAAAGACAGAAGAAGAGAAUACUGGAACAUCAGGAGUGGACGACACAGGGAAGAAGCAAGAAGACAGAAGCAUGAAAUCAAAUGUGUUUCAAAAGCUUUCUAAGGGAAAUUGAAGUGUCUUUAGCGUGACAAAUGAAUGUUCGAUAGUUGGCUCUGUUGGUAAGGCGACUCACAUCCUAUCUGACUGUUUGUCUCAUGAAUGGUUAACAUAUAAUGUAGUGCCAACUGAUCUUCUUGUUGGAAAUAUAUUUUCAAUUGACACUACUCUAUAGCAAACCAUGACAAUAUCGAUGUGUCGAGAAAACUAAAACACGCAAAAGAUGUAAGUCUGUCAUUACCGUUUUUUUCUCCAACUGUUCUUGUAUCGUUACCUGAUUUUUUACACUCAAAACACAUUAAAUAAAGGAUUUUUACCUCUUAUUGUUAUAAGUCCAUUUUACUUUAUUGGUGACAUCGAUCGAAUGCUCGACAUAGAAUUACAUGGAUACAAUUUUUAAGCCCGCGGCAGUAAAAAUCGCAUUAUUUGGGUACAGCCAUUCUCAAAAGGGAGGAUUUGCGAUUAUGAUGAAUAUAUCGCAUUGGGCGAAAGGAUAGCUAAUGUUAAAGUUUACAGUUUUCGACAAUCCAAGUAGAAUGUAUAGCCUAUACCGCUAUGCCAAGUGUUAUCUUUCAUCCAAGUAAAGCCAACUGGUUGGGGAACCUGUCCUUUCAUCGUUUUUCCUCUUUCUCCAUUCGAGAGGUGGCGGAGACAUCAAAGCAGCUACAAUGUCAACAGGAAGUCACUUUCUGGAGAAAAGAGACAACUUGUGUAAUAUUGGUACAUGUAGUUUCGCAUGAAGUUCGUCUCUCAUUCUCUUGGAAGCCAUCAAUGUGGAUGAUUACACUUGGAGCAUUUAUGCAUCACAGAAUACUUAGUAAAGUAGAAGAAUUGGCGGCCUCGGGACGUUGUAGCUUCCCAAUGGUUCAAUGCUCCUUUUAAUGCAUCAUGACUUCAUCCAAAUACGUAACGUAGUUGAUAUCAUUUUGAAUGGGGACUAGGCAAACUUCAUAGAUGUUGACUCCCAACAAAGGUAUGACAUUGUAUUUUUGACGCCUCCGGAUUUGGAUUUUAUCUAGCAGAAAGUAACCUCCCCCCCGCAAAUCUCCAAUGCCUUCAAUGCCAACUCCCUGAUUACGCUAUUGGCCUCACAUGCUUUAAUUGCGGCCAUCGUUGUCUCUAUCAUUGCUCAGAAACACAGCCAUCAGGAAAUUAUUCCAUGACGACAUAUGACAGCCAAUCAGACGUCAGUGUUUUUAUCUUGCCUAUUUUUUCACUCAGAAAUUAACUAAUGUCUGUUAAUUGUUAUACGGUACUUUUAGUGCUUGUUAAACCCAUAUUUUUUAGUGUAGGGCACUUACCAUAUCAACUGAGUGGCAUUGGCAAGAAAUGUUGUUCCUUAUUCUGUUUGUCAUGUUAAGUUCUGUGGGGAAUGCAUGUGUUUUCAUUGUAUUCCUGCUGCUCUGGGUCCGACAUGCCUGAGGUGUUCUUUUUCAGAUAAAAAGUCCAGAAAAAGGACAAAUACUUCAUCGUGUCUAAAGAAUGAACAUAAGCUUGAGAGGAAAAUAUUACCUCUUUCGUCGUAUACAUUGUUUUAUAUGGUGGCGAAUAAAACAUUCGAAACUGUUUGCUGUCUUCAAAAAUUUGUUUUCAUUCUUGAUUUGCUGAAAAAUCGUCUUUGGCUUGGAAACCCUCACAACAGGCGUAAAAGUUUCCUUGUUCUUGAAGUUGUUACUUCGGCCAUAUGGAGGCACAGAUGAAGCCAUGUUUGCUAAUGUUCGUGGUAGUAAUGGUGAAUGCCCUGAUCAGAGAUUGAAUUAUCAGCCUGUCUCCAAAGGAAGGUAGGUGGCA